AUGCCGCGGAAGAGGGGUACCAGUGAGAGGCAGAAGAUGACUAAGAAAAGGAAGCUUGCUCUCGAUGGAGACCCGCAGCACCAGACGAUUCCAACACAAGGGAUCAUGUGGAAACCAUCCUCUGUCAAGCAUGAAGACCUGGAGAAGCUUGUGAACGAUGGCUUGCUGCAGCCACAAAAUCAUCGCCUGGUGUACAGGUCCAAACCUCCAUUGCCCGAGUACCUAACUGCCGAGCAGCUGAAGCAGCAUACCAAGAACUCGGACUUGGUCCCACUUGCGGCGCUUGAGGCAGUACUGGAGAUGAUGGAGAACAAGAUGAUGGACUUCAGUGCCCGUCAUCCUGGAGAUGAGGGUCAGGGUGGCUCUGGCAUAAAACCCAAUGCAUCCGAAGAGCCAGCGGCACCUUCUCUUUCGAAGAAGACCCGUUCCGCACCCAGGACAGUCCCCUCCACUAACCUGCCGCAGUUCGAGAUUCCUACCACCACACAGACUAACUAUGUGGCUGACAAGACACCAAAGGUUGAGGAAGGUGCUGCGGGUACCUCUGUGGCGCCACCGCCAGAGGUACCGAUAUCGGCGACCAUGUCUCCGCCAAGGCCGUCUACUGAGGCCAACGUAUUUGUACCGCUCAACAAGCCGAGCAUUUCCUACGUCUACAGUUCACGAAAAAACAAGGCCCCUGUGGUGCCGCCAAGUCCCUCGACGGAACCGGCUGUAUCUCCUACAAGGGCUUCGGCUUCUGACGGGGAGGAUCGAGGUGCCCCCACACCAUCUUUUCCAAGUUCUCCAGCCCCCGAGAAGGUCAACCCUGACCCCGAGACUCCGGCUGCAGCGUGGCCUCAAUCGGCCAAAAGCAGUCAUCACGUCGCGGCCCACGCUUAG